GUCUGAAGGCUAACCUGUAGACUUGUACAGUACCUCAGUUACCCGGGCCCCCGAACCCCCAAACCCCCGCCGUCUCCCGCUUCCAAAACCCUAGCUCAUCGUCGUCCGGCGGCGGGGAUGCCAGGGAUGCUGAUGGACGGCGGCGGCGCCAUCGUGCCGUUCUCGGGAGAACCAGGCCACGCGGUGGCGGCGGCCCCGCCCGUGCGGAACAUCCGCCACGGCGUGGCCCCGCCCAUCUCCCGCGUCUACGUUUCCUUUUCUAGCGGCAACCUCCUGCAGGUCGCCUGCCUCCGCCCACCGAAUCCGGAGGGUGGCGGAGACCGUGGGGCGGAGGAGGUCUCCGGGGGGAGAGUGGUGGAGGUAAACCUCGGAGGUGGCGGUAGCGGGCCUGGCGGCGCGGAUGCGGAGGAGAUCGAUGAGGCGGAAAUGCGGAGGAUCGAGUACGGGUCGGUACCGGCGUUUGCGCUGCUUCAGAGCAGGAAGAACGCGCUCGUAGAUGGCUCCGGUAUGUCGCGCUUGCCCUCAGUCUCGGAGCACGCAGAAUGGUGGCAAUAUGUGCUUGAAUACAGUAAAACCAUCGGUAGUCUCCUUGGGAACCCAGAUUCUCUUUCUGCUUACAUGAUUGAUGACCCAAAGAUGAUCCUUAAGGUCAAGGAGAAGCCUACUAGUUUAAAGGCUGCGUGGGAGUUGCUAGAGAUAUUCUUUGUUGAUAAACAGUUGCAAACUUGGCUUCCAGAGCGUCUUGUUGAUUGGUUAGCCGACUAUGACAGCCUCUUGACCAAGACAGAGAACACGAUAUAUCGCACGCUGAUCAAUUUCCAGAAAAAGCUCAUCAACCUGCAGGUUGUUGAAGAUGAUCCUGAUUAUUGGAGUGGAUUAUCAGCAGCUCUAUCGGUUGGAUGGCUUGAUAUUGUGGUGAAUAUGCUACGUUUUCAUGGAUCAUACCAAUUGGAUCAGAUGGACAGCCGUGAGACAGAAAAUGGGUUGGUUGAAGCUGUUGCUGUUCUUGUGUCAACAAUGCCACGCAUGCGACCAGAUUUGCCAUCGGGUAAAUUAGGCCAGUGUUGUAAAACAAGACCAGAUUUUAUAAAGGCAUUGGAAAAAUGGCGAGGUCAAGUAAGUAAACUGGAGUGCAGUGCAUUCUGGAUUCAGUGCGGUCACCAAAAAACUCGUGAUGGUCUGAAGAGUUUGCUUCAUAUUAUGUUGGGGAACAUAAAGAACCUCACUGCUUCUACUUCACAUUGGCUGGAGCUCUUUGCUUCUCAUUUACUUUAUAUAAGGCCAUUCACAGUGGGUUUUGAAGGGAUGCAUCAGUUAGCACAAAAGUGCAUACAGCUUAAACCGUCUGCUGACAAUAGCGGAUUGACAGGCCUCCUUACUGGUAUCCUUUCAGAAAAUAGAGAGGUUGUCUUGGCUGAAUGCACAAAAAAUUUUGGUCCUUGGAUGGUCACACAUGCUAUGGAGCUGCUGACUGCUGACAAUGACUAUGCGGAUAUGAUGUUGCAUGAAGAGAGGCCUAACUUCGGUGGUAUAAGCAUAGAGGAGCUGCACAGGCUUGUUUAUGCUCAAGUUUUGUGCUCUCAUGCUUUAACAUGGCAGAUUGCACCAACUUAUCUGUCCUCAUGUCUAAACCAAGGCCUAGGGCUGUUGGAGAUUCUGCUUCUGAAGCAACCCAUACAAGAUAAUCGUGUUGUAUUGAAGACUUUGGAAAUUUGCCGCUUGUAUGAGCUGGAGAAUGUUAGUACAAAUAUCAUGAAGAUUGCUGGCAUUUAUCAUUGGAAACAUGGUAGGAAAGGAACUGGAGUUUACUGGUUCCAGCAAGCUAAUGAUAAAGUUCGUCUUGACAGAAUUGCUCAACAAUUAUUCGAACAUAUUGGCAAGUCGGUCACAGAUGAUAGUUUUAAGCAAUGGGAGGGGCUGCUUGAGUUACUAGGUUCUGACAUCGGUAGUGCAGGUGGUCUUGAGUUCCUUCACAGGUACCGAGAUUUCAAAAGGUCCCUUCAGAUGGCACAAGAAGGAAGGACUGGCGAGUCUGUUCGGCAAACCGUGGAGUUUCUUAUACAGCUGAUGAGAAAUCCUUCUACACCUCAACGUUUCUGGCUACCACUUUUACAUGACUCGGUGAGGCUUCUCAAUUGCAAACCCUGCCCAUUGUUAAAUGUUGCUGAAACGACUUUGUUGCUCAACAAGCUACAAGAACUGUCAUUGGCCAAACUUCGGCCUGACUUUUCCAACAUUCACCUACCAAGCCAUGCAUUGAACUCCGUCAGAUUAGCUCUAGCAUCAAACCUUGCGCGUGCAAUUCUUGAAGAACCUUAAGUAAUAGUUCUAUUUGGGGUAUGAGUGCCACAUCCACUUUGCUGGAAGUUUGACGGCGUUAAUCGUCAGUUGAUUACCAGUAACUGUAUGUUCCUUGGGAAGAGGUUGAACUUGUGUUCACUCUGAAUGAGCAAAGGUUGAACUUGUGUUCCUUCAUGAAUGAGCAAUUGUGUCAUGCAUGUAUAUGUACCGGACAUUGUAUUUUUAGCUUUAGUGAUACCUUAGAUGUUACUUAUGUACAAAGAAAUGCUAGUAAAUGUAUUUUAGAAUGGGCACAAUAUUGUAUUCCUUGUUUCUUCCUCUAUUUCUUUUGGGGUGAAUAACUCUUUAUGGUGACUAA